AUGGAGCAUAUUGCUAGCUGUAGGAAAGCUUUGAGUCAAUGGAGGAGACAAAACAAUGUGAAUUCGGCAAAGCUAGUCGAGGAACUCAAGGAGAAGGUGGAGGGACUGUAUUUGAAUGAUGAUGCUACUAUAGAGGAAAUAUCUGAAGCUCUGAAGGAACUAUGUACUGCUCUUAAGGCAGAAGAGAUGUUUUGGAGACAGAAAAGUAGGGUCCUCUGGUUAAGGGAAGUUGAUAGGAACUCGAAAUAUUUUCAUGCGUUGGUGAAGCAAAGAAGAGCAAGGAAUAGGAUAACGCAACUCCUUGAUGGAAAUGGAAAUAUGGUGGAUGAUGAGGAGGGACUAGUAGUCAUUGCUACUAGCUAUUUUAGGCAAAUAUUUGAAUCUUCUAACCCCGAGGAUGUAGCUGAGACGCUAUCAGAGGUUCCAACAACGAUUACCGGGCCAAUAAAUGCAGAUCUUACAGCCCCAGUAACUGAAUGGGAGGUUCUUCCACAGAGAAUAUCAGAGACUCAGUCAGCCUUCGUUGCUGGUAGACAGAUUACGGAUAAUAUCAUGAUAGCUCGGGAGAUGUUCCAUGCUUUGAGAACUAAGCCGGGAGGAAGGGUUAAACGAAUGGCCAUAAAGACUGAUAUGAGUAAAGCAUAUGAUAGGAUGGAGUGGUCAUUCAUUGAGGCAGUCAUGAGAAAGAUGAGCUUUUCUGAAAUGUGGAUUGACUGGAUUAUGCGAUGCAUUACCUCGGUCAAGUAUAAAGUCCUCAUGAAUGGAGAACCAAGGGGAAACAAUGUCCCUGGGAGAUGUUUACGACAAGGAGAUCCUUUGUCUCCUUUCAUAUUUAUUCUUUGCACGGAAGCACUCGUUAGCCUUCUUAAUCAAGCAGAGAAUCAAGGGAAGAUAACGGGGAUGCGAGCCGCUCGCGCUUGCCCCUCGGUAUCCCACCUUCUCUUUACUGAUGAUAGCAUUUUCUUCUAUAAGGCGGAGCCCCGUGAAUGUGAAGAAGUUAUGAAAGUAGUAAGGAAAUAUGAGAAAGCAUCAGGUCAACGCAUUAACUUUGACAAAUCCUCAUUACUCUUUGGUAAAAGGGUUCCAGCGAAUGAUAGGCAGCAGAUCAAGGAUACUCUUGGUAUACAAAACAAAGGCGGGAUGGGCUCAUAUUUAGGAAUCUCAGAGGACAUUAGUGGUUCAAAGUGUAAAUUAUUUUCUUUCUUAAAGGAGAAGCUCCUACAUAGAGUGAAUGGCUGGACUGGUAGAUGGUUAUCGAAGGGUGGAAAGGAGUUUUUGAUUAAAUCGAUAUUGCUAGAUCUUCCGACCUAUGUCAUAUGCAGCUUUCUACUUCCUUUGGAGAUAUGUGAGAACCUAGCAAGUGCCAUUGCACAGUUUUGGUGGAGCUCGAAUCCUCCGAAAAGAGGAGUUCAUUGGGCAAAAUGGGAAAAGAUGUGUGCACCUAGAGAAGAGGGAGGAAUUGGUUUCCGUAUGAUCUAUGAAUUUAAUCUAACUCUUCUAGCUAAGCAGCUUUGGCGACUUGUGCAAUUUCCGGAUUCACUAGUAGCGAGAGUUCUCCGAGGAAGAUAUUACCGUCUCAGUUCGCCGUUGCGAAUAGGCACUGCAGAUACCCCAUCUUAUGUAUGGACAAGUAUAACUGCCGCGAGGAAGCUACUACUUUUGGGCAUUAGAAGUAAGGUGCAUUCAGGGUACGGAAUUAAUGUGUGGGAAGAUCUUUGGAUCCCUUCGACGCCAGCUAGACCGGCUCGUGCCAGGGUCUAG